AUGGGUUGUAGCCAUAAGUGGUUAUCUUGGAUGGAAGGAACUGUAUUUUUUAGUUCUAUCUCCAUCUUGGUUAAUGGUUCGUCUACGGUGGAGUUUGAGGCUUCAAGAAGAUUACGCCAAGGGGACCUUCUCUCUCCGUUCCUUUUCUUGUUGGUUGCAGAAGGCUUAACGAUUAUGAUGCGUAAUGCGGUUUCUUCUGGUUGUUUGAAGGGUUUUCAGGUUUCCUCUGAUAUUUCUUUUGAGAUGCUUCAAUUGGCGGAUGACACGGUUCUUAUUUGUGAUGGUUCUAAGGAGAAUUUGUGGUGUAUCAAAGCUAUGUUGCGUGGGUUUGAGUUGGUUUCGGGGUUGUGUAUUAACUUGAACAAAAGUAAGCUUUUUGGUGUGCACUUGGAGGAGCAUGUUCUUUUAGCGGCUUCUUCGUUUUUGGGUUGUCAAGUUGGGAAGCUUCCUUUUGUUUUCCUUGGUAUCCCGGUUGGUGGUAACCAUAGGCGGAAGGAUUUUUUGUCUUUUUUAAUUUCGAAGUUAAAAAAGAGGUUGAGUGGUUGGAGUGGUAAGCAUCUUUCCUUGGGAGGUAAAGUUACUUUACUUAAUUCAGUCCUUAAUAGCAUCCUUAUUUUCAUCUUUUUCUUCUAUAAAGAUCUGAAGUACGUUCUUGAUGAGAUUGUCAAAAUUCAAAAGGACUUUUUAUUGGGACAAAGUGAUAGGAUUCGGAAGGUGUGUUGGGAUAGUUGGGAGAAGAUUUGA